AAAGUUCCGGUGGCUGGAAUGAGUGGCAAUGAUUGUGCACCCUGACGGACCGCGAGCUAGAGAAAGCCAGGAGGGAGCCCCGGCGUUUACACACAGCCAUAGACUUCUCAAGCCUUAGCGGGCCUGGCCCCUGGUGACCACAGCCCUGCCUGCUCAGCGACGCGCCAGGAAGCUCCCGCGGCAGCCCUGCGGCUCUGCUGGUGACCGGGAGAAGUUAGUCACCCCCAGUCUGAACUCAGAAAGCAUCAGAACUCCAGUAGGCUGGGAAAUGAAGAGGCAGGAAACCUGGUACCCGGACCGGACCGUCUGGAGGGCGCAAAAGGAGCUCGGGACCAUGGGAUGCACCGGUAGCUGGAAGCCCAGGCCAAAGGGUGGAACCACGAACUGCAAAGCCAGGGCGCACCGGUGGGCAAAAGGCAAAAACUUGCAGCAAGAACUUCCUAUCCAGUGCAAGAACAGCAAGUGAAAAAGAAGCAGGGAGAUACUUGAAAAGUCUCAGUAACUUUAAAAAUACACCAAAACACCCCUUCAGGAGAUGAGGCUGGAGCUGCUCUCGGCGCACGCAGCAGCAGACUGGGGAUGACCGCGGGCCGGAGGACACGGCAGCGAAAGGGACAGGGACGCGCCGCCUCACCCGCUCGCCGCAGGCCGCCUCCUGCGAUUUUAUUUUAAAUUUUUACGGCUUUUUUCCGUCUCUUUUUUUCCCUGCCUCCUAGUUCCAGCGGAGCUAAGGAAACCCACAAAAUAAGAAAGGAAGUGGGCCCCGGAGCUUGGAGCCUCUACAGCCUACAAGUCCCCAGCAGCAAGGGGCAGGAGCCAAGGCGCACCAGUUGCGGACUGGGUGCGCGAUUUUUUUUUUUUAUUUUUUUUUACUAUCUUUCUUGUUGUUGUUGUCAUUGCUGUUUAUGGUGCAAAGAUAUUGGCUGCAUUAGGUUUCUCUCUCUCUUUUUUUUUUUUUUUUUCGUAUUUGGUGAAUUUUCACCGCCUGGCUUUUUAAUCUUUUUCUUCUUUCUUCCCCCCCCCCCCAUUUUUGUUUUUUGUCUUUUGGGUUUUAUUUUUCUUCCUUCUUCUUUUUCUUUUUCCUAUUUCCGGAGCAAAAAUCCAAACAUUUUGCAAACCAACAAAGAAAAAGUUCGCACGCUGGCACCGCGACUCAAACAGGCUGACGCUCUGCUACGGUUCUCCCAUCCCCUGUCCCCUUCACCCUUGGACACUUGACUCAACCUUGCAAGCCUGUGUGUGUGUGUGUGUGUGCGCGCGCGCGCGCGUGUGUGUGUGUGUGUCUGUUUGUGGGCCGCCCCGUGCGCCCCCAGCCCCCGCCCCUGAAACUUCCCUAGCAAAUAACAAAUACCCAGCAAGUCUCGGUCGCGCAGCCCCUCCCCGCGGGCAGCGCAGUAUGCGGCUCGGGUGGGCGUCCCUGCUGCUGCUGUGCGCGUCCUGCCUGUCCCCGGAGGCUGCCAGCCCCGCCGCGGCACCUGCCCAGGAUAAAACCAGGCAGUCUCCCAUUGCUGCGGAGGCCGCCCAGCCCAGCCUGCUGCAGGGGGAGGAGACGCGGGAGCUGAGCCAUCUGCACCCCUGGACCAAGCAGCGCAGGAGCGGCGGGUUUGUGCAGAACAUCGACCAACUCUACUCCGGCGGGGGCAAGGUGGGCUACCUUGUCUACGCGGGCGGCCGGAGGUUCCUGCUGGACCUGGAGAGGGAUGACUCGGUGGGCACUGCUGGUGGCUUCGUUCCCGCGCCAGGCGGCCUAAGCUCAUCCUUGCGCCAUAGGGGCCACUGCUUCUACCGUGGCACGGUGGACAGCAGCCCUCGUUCCCUGGCAGUUUUUAACCUCUGCGGGGGUCUCGAUGGCUUUUUUGCGGUCAAGCACGCUCGAUACACACUGAAGCCAUUCCUGCGUGGGCCCUGGGCCGAGGCAGAGGCCGGACGAGUGUAUGGGGAUGGGUCUUCGCGGAUUCUGCACGUCUACACCCGCGAGGGCUUCAGCUUCGAGGCCCUGCCUCCACGCACCAGCUGCGAGACCCCCACGUCCCCGCCUGCGCCCCGCGAGCGUCCCUCCGUGCACAGUAGUUCCCGCCGACGCACGGCGCUGGCGCUGCAGCUCUGGGACCAGUCGGCUCUCUCGCCUGCUGUGAACCCAGAACCUCAGACGUGGUGGCGACGGCGGCGACGUUCCAUCUCCAGGGCCCGCCAGGUGGAGCUGCUUCUGGUUGCAGACUCUUCCAUGGCAAGGUUGUAUGGCCGGGGCCUGCAGCAUUACCUGCUAACCCUGGCGUCCAUCGCCAACCGGCUGUACAGUCACGCCAGCAUCGAGAAUCACAUCCGCCUGGCUGUGGUGAAGGUGGUGGUGCUGAGUGACAAGGACAAGAGUCUGGAGGUGAGCAAGAACGCCGCCACCACGCUCAAGAACUUUUGCAAAUGGCAGCACCAACACAAUCAGUUGGGAGAUGACCACGAGGAGCACUACGAUGCUGCCAUCCUAUUUACUCGCGAGGAUUUAUGUGGGCAUCAUUCAUGUGACACCCUGGGAAUGGCAGACGUUGGGACCAUAUGUUCUCCAGAGCGCAGCUGUGCUGUGAUUGAAGAUGAUGGUCUCCAUGCAGCUUUCACCGUGGCUCAUGAAAUUGGACAUCUGCUUGGCCUCUCCCACGAUGAUUCCAAAUUUUGUGAAGAGAACUUUGGUUCCACAGAAGACAAACGUUUAAUGUCUUCCAUCCUCACCAGCAUCGAUGCAUCUAAGCCCUGGUCCAAGUGUACCUCAGCCACUGUCACAGAAUUCCUGGAUGAUGGUCAUGGAAACUGCUUGUUAGACUUACCACGGAAACAGAUUCUGGGCCCUGAGGAACUCCCAGGACAGACCUAUGAUGCCACUCAGCAGUGCAACCUGACGUUUGGGCCUGAGUACACUGUGUGUCCUGGCAUGGAUGUCUGUGCCCGCCUGUGGUGUGCUGUUGUGCGCCAGGGCCAGAUGGUGUGUCUGACCAAGAAGCUGCCUGCAGUGGAAGGGACGCCCUGUGGAAAAGGCAGAAUCUGCCUGCAGGGCAAGUGUGUGGACAAAACCAAGAAAAAAUAUUACUCAACAUCAAGUCAUGGCAACUGGGGGUCCUGGGGUCCCUGGGGCCAGUGUUCUCGCUCGUGCGGGGGAGGAGUACAGUUUGCCUAUCGCCAUUGUAAUAACCCUGCACCCCGAAACAGUGGUCGCUACUGCACAGGGAAGAGGGCCAUCUACCGCUCCUGCAGCGUAAUGCCCUGCCCACCCAAUGGUAAAUCUUUUCGUCAUGAGCAGUGCGAGGCUAAGAAUGGCUAUCAGUCCGAUGCAAAAGGAGUCAAAACAUUCGUAGAAUGGGUCCCCAAAUAUGCAGGUGUCCUGCCAGGAGACGUCUGCAAAUUGACCUGCAGAGCCAAGGGCACUGGCUACUAUGUGGUUUUUUCUCCAAAGGUGACUGAUGGGACCGAAUGUCGUCCGUACAGCAACUCUGUGUGUGUCCGUGGAAGGUGUGUGAGAACUGGCUGCGAUGGCAUCAUUGGCUCCAAGCUGCAGUAUGACAAGUGUGGCGUGUGUGGAGGGGACAACUCCAGCUGUACGAAGGUCAUUGGAACCUUCAAUAAGAAGAGUAAGGGUUAUACUGACGUUGUGAGGAUCCCAGAAGGGGCAACCCACAUAAAAGUCCGACAGUUCAAAGCCAAAGACCAGACUAGAUUCUCUGCCUACUUAGCCUUGAAGAAGAAGAAUGGUGAGUAUCUUAUCAAUGGCAAGUACAUGAUCUCCACGUCAGAAACCAUCAUCGACAUCAAUGGGACAGUUAUGAACUACAGCGGAUGGAGCCACAGGGACGACUUCUUGCAUGGUAUGGGCUACUCAGCCACAAAAGAAAUUCUAAUUGUACAGAUUCUUGCAACAGACCCAACUAAAGCAUUAGAUGUCCGCUACAGCUUUUUUGUUCCUAAGAAGUCCACUCAAAAAGUAAACUCUGUCAUUAGCCAUGGCAGUAACAAAGUGGGAUCACAAACUCCACAGUUGCAGUGGGUGACAGGCCCAUGGCUGGCUUGUUCUAGGACCUGUGACACGGGCUGGCACACCAGGACGGUACAGUGCCAAGAUGGGAACCGGAAGUUAGCAAAGGGAUGUCUUCUCUCUCAGAGGCCUUCUGCAUUUAAGCAAUGUUUGCUGAAGAAAUGUUAGCCUGGGCCUUUGCUUUCACACACACAGGCAACUGGAGGAACUAUCAUAGAUACGUGGACAACCCAAGGUCUACCCAUCUGCAAAAAACUUCAUUCUUCCAUGUCAUUAUCACCAGGAGUCAAAUUAUGGGCAGAAUCUGCUCUCUGUAAUCAAAAGAUGCUCACUGCUUCUUGUCACAAUGGUGAGCUUGGAACACAGAAAACCUGGGAGUUACUGAGCGUCCCCUGGGCCUACGAAAAACAAGACACAUAGUGAUGAAUGUAGAAGCAGGGACAUUUAAAGAUGGCGGAACAACUUCACCUACCUCUUAUAUAAUGUCUUCAAGGGCAUCUCCAUCCUUUUCACCCAUAUAAAGUGACCCCUUAGGAUGUCACUUUAUAUAUACUUGGUUCUAUUAAUAUAUAUGUAUAUA